AGACUACAGCGUGAUGUGAUGGUGAAGCGUCAGCAUGUCUGUGAACGAAAGUUGCCGUUUUUGCCAUAAGAAUUUGAAAACAAACGGUGUUAUUUGUCAGUCUGUAAAAAUAUUUGACAAAACAUAUGCCAAAAAUAUCUUUGAUCGUCUAAAAGAUCUAGGAUUGACUUUGUCAAGAAGUCCCGAAAAAUCUAUACGAAGUUGUCGAAGGUGUCCCAACAUACUAAAAAGAAUCGAACGGGAUUUAGCCGUUUUCAGAAAAUGGGAAGAUGAAGAAAAACAAUCUGAUUCGAGUGAACAAGCGUCGGCAUCAACGGCAGCAGAUCAAAGUAAUUGGGACCCUCCUGCUCCAAAAAUUCCGAAGAGGGUUUUUCAUAAAUUUUGGCCCAAUCCGCCAGCUCCAAAUCAGACCAGAAUAUCCAUCUCUGCACGUCGAAGUAUUACAGAGGUCAUCACCCAUUACCCAUCAAGCAGAUCGGUCUGCAAUGUCUGCCAUCCAGAUGAUGCUGGGAUUGUGAACAACGUCAGCAAAAAGAACUGGAAAGCAGCUGCUAGCUUGAUAAUGAGACACAAGGACCUUGUGGAAGUAAUCAAAGUAAAAAUUCUUGAUAUAGUUCAGCAUGAAUGCAAAACUCUCUGCAACGCUAGCCAGGGUUUCAUUCUGUGGAGGUCAUCACCUGAGGAUCUGAAGUCUUUUUCAUUUUCCAGUUUAGAGUCAGAUCUCAACCGUCUUUCGCCAUUCCUGUUAUCCAUCUUUUCAACUGCCACCAACCAUUCUCUUCCUUCCACUUGUGCUGCGGCUGCUAUCGCUGUGAGAGGAAGAGAACCUCGCAUGUCUGCCUUUUCUUAUUACCUAAAUAGCAUACUACUGCGUGGUGGGGCAAGGAAGGCCGUUUUUAAAAAGCUGAGCAAAAUGGCCAUUACAACCACUCACUGUCAUGCAGUAAGGAGGCUGAAGGAGUUUACACACACUUUUGGGGAAGGUCUUCAACUGUUGCAGGUGCAGAAUGAGGUGCUCCCGACCUCAGGAGCAGAUGGGCUCACUGAUUCUUCUGGCCCAGAUGAAGAGGACAUUGACCUCGAGGGUGCGAUUGGCACACACGGACAGAGGGAUUCUCAACUAAAACAUGACCUCAUAGACUCAUCUGGUUCCCAAGCUGGGCAGAUGUGCAAGGAAAAGAGACGAAAGAGGCAACAGGAGCGAUCAACUCAAGAGGAAGAGGGAGCUGAAUGGGUCAGCCGCAAGCGUCUACGCAGUGAGGUGCAGCCCAGUCCUCUGAGACUAGUGGUGGACUGCAGCUUUGACAGCCUCAUGAUGUUCAAGGACGUGAGGAAGCUCCACAAGCAAAUCCAGAGAUGCAUUGCAGAGAAUCAACGAGCUUUACACCCUGUACAGUUUUAUUUAACCAGUCUCGGUGGACAGUUAAAACAAAACAUGGAUGAAACUGACAAAGGAUGGGUGAAUUGGAAGGAUAUAACUGUCACAACAGAGCACUACCAUGAAGUCAUACCCAAAGAGGAGCUGGUGUACCUCACCUCUGACUCCCCAAAUGUGCUGACUGAACUGGACGACACCAAAGCCUAUGUCAUCGGAGGCCUGGUGGACCACAACCACCACAAGGGGAUCUCCUUUGAGAGAGCCAAGGAGCUGGGGAUUCAGCAUGCACAGCUCCCUCUAGAAAGCUUCGUCGAGAUGAACAGCCGGAAAGUGCUCGCAGUCAAUCAGGUAUUUGAGAUCAUUCUGUCGUAUAUGGAGAAGGGUGAUUGGCAAGAGGCCUUCUUCACAGUCCUGCCUCAGAGGAAAGGGGCGGUUCCUGUUGAGCAGAAUGGCCAAGCAGUGGAAGACAAGGAGGACGAGGAUUCAGACAGAGACUCAGACGGGACCAAGACAGUCAAAGAUAAUACAUCAAGCAUGCCGGACCAACAAGAAGGAGCAAAUGAACAAAUAGAAGCACAAUCAAUCCAGUCUCCUAAAGAGCAGCCUUUUGGAUGAACCACAGUGCUCUUUGAGAAGGAAUAAAAGUAAAUGAAAGUUUUUGAUAUCCUACAUGUGAGUUGGCUUUUUUUGUGUGUGUGUAUAUUUUACAUGGGUUUGUGUUUUUUAAAGGUUUUCUUAAAGUGUUCUUAAAGAUGGGUCACACAAGAUUUCCAACAUUUGGAUUGAUGUGCCAAUCAUUGUUGAGACCAAUGGUCUUCAAGGCCCACUGUUCUGUAUGUUUGAGAUGUUUCCCUGCUCCAACACACCUGAUUCCAAUGAGUUGGUCGUUAUCCAGCUCUGCAGAAGCCUGAUAACCAUUCACUUAAUAACACAUUCACUAACAUGGCCAAACUUAGAAGAAAGACACACACAGACACCAUUUUUCCACAACUACUUUCAUAACUCAGAAACUGCGUUAUCAACUCCAAAUCAACUACUGAAGUAGUGAUUUGGGGCCAAAUCUACUUUAAAUGUCGAAAGUCAUUCAGAAACAUCACAAACAGCAUGUUAUAAUGUUUGUUAUUGCUAUGCUUUUCUGUUGUACUGAAUAGAUUUGAGAGAUGAA